UCCCACACCUAUCUCAGACCGCUCUCCUCGCCAUCGCCCCCGCCGUGCGCCCCUUGGCAGAUUAGUGGCCGCACUGCCCCAGCUAUCAGGCUGACAGAACUCACACCCGCCAUUCCUAUUUGAACAUUCUGCCAGUUCUGCCGUGACGUACUGAUACCGCCCGCCGCUUCCCUUUUACGCGCACCCCUCCCUCCCACCGUCGUCCACCACGAAUAGCGCACCCCGAGCUCUACCACGAUGAACUUCUUCAAGACGAAGCCCCGCACUCCCCCAGAUCUCGUCCGCGGCCUUCGGGACGCGCUCCCAAGGCUGGAAGCAGGACCGCCGGGCGGAGAGGUGCGAAGAAAGGCAAACGAUGAUGUGGGACGGAACUUGCAGCAGAUCAAGGCGAUCUUGUACGGGGAUGACCCACUGCCGGAGUUGGUUGCGCAACUCGCGCAGGAGACCUACAACACCGACCUCCUACUCCACUUGAUACAGAACAUCCACAAGCUCGAGUUUGAGUCGCGAAAGGAUGUGGUCCAGAUAUUCAACAACCUCCUUAGGCGACAGAUUGGCUCCCGGUUCCCCACUGUGGAAUAUCUGUCGUCUAAGCCAGAGGUCUUGUUCGCCGCGUUCGAUGGAUAUGGCAACGAGGAGAUCGCGCUCAACACAGGCAUGAUACUCCGCGAGAUGCUACGACACGAACCGCUUGCCAAGAUUUUGCUAUACUCCGAACAGUUCUACAGGUUCCCCCAUUACAUUGAGAGCACGACGUUCGGCAUCUCGUGUGAUGCGUACACCAACCUCAAGGAGACCCUUACGCGACACAAGGCCAUGGUUGCCGAAUACCUCGACAAGAACUACGAUCGGUUCUUCUCAUCAUUCACAACCCUCAUACUUUCCAACAAUUACGUCACCAAGCGGCAGUCACUGAAGCUCCUCGGAGAGAUCCUGCUGGAUCGUGCGAACUUCAACGUCAUGACCCGUUACAUCGCAAGCGAGGCGAAUCUGAAGAUGAUGAUGAACCUGCUUCGUGACAAGAGCAAGAACAUCCAGUUCGAGGCGUUUCACGUGUUCAAGGUCUUCGUUGCGAACCCCAAGAAGCCCCCACAGAUCGAGGGCAUUCUGCGACGUAACAAGGAUAAGCUUUUGAAGUUCCUGAAAGACUUCCACAACGACAAGGAGGAUGAGCAAUUCAUGGACGAGAAGCAGUUCCUCAUAGUGCAGAUUCAAAGCCUGUGAUGUAGGAGCUAGCAUCCGAUGCUUCCCAUCCCCUGACACUCCUUGCCAGCGCAGCAUCCCCUGAUGCACGCCCUCCCAUAGUACGCGCCUCCUCCUUUCCCUAGUCACCUGCGCCACUGCUGCUCAUACCCACAUUCCACCUCGUCACUCCGUCCCUGUGCAGUGUACCAUCCUUCUUGCUCGUGUAUCAACAGUAAUGAUCGUCCGUCGUCCCAGGCUCUCGAUACUCUCCGCAUCCCCAAGCCCCGGUGGUUGCCGUGUAGUCUCCGUCCCGUCCGCUCUCAUCGCAAUGAGCUCUCGCAUCUCUCGCAGAACUAUCCAUGGACUCAGUAGCAGUAUGUCAUCUGUCCUGUUUUCGAAGCCGGUGUACAUACUGCGGUGUUCCGUGUCUUACUACAGCAUGGCCCGCUGCGCUGGUUCGCGCGCGUGCUGUCCAGACCCCAUGUCCUCUUCCAAGCCUGAGCCCGAGCCUCCCUGGCACCGUCGUGCCGAGUGCUACCCUGCUAAGAACGUCCGACCCAGUGCCGCAUCCCCCCAUACGGGUGCCGUCCCUGGAUCACACCCACAGCUGCGCGACUGAGCCCGCCGGAGUCGAGCAGUGGCAAAAGGAAGCGCGGUCAUGUGCCCGCGUAUGUCGUCGAGGGCCCCCGGGACCCGGGAGGGCGUGCCCGCGCCGUCCGAUCUCACAUGCAGCGUCAUGCAUUCGCGCCCCGCGCGGCCGCGCUCCCAGCAGCGGCCGCGGAAGCACAGAGAUCCAGCCGUGCCCAUUGAGUCUCGGUCCUCACGUGCGCGGUGCGCAGGGGGUAUCGCCGAGGAGCUGCGCUGGUGCGGUGGGAGCGACCGCGCGCGUUCGCAGCCCGCGGCGCGACGUCGUUGGAGCGUUGCUGCGAACGCGUCGCUGGGCAGGGCCCGAGCUCCGAGUCCUCGAGCGGCGUGAGAUGGCGGCUGGCAGUGGCACCGCGAUGGUGCACCGUACCCUUGGGGGGCCAUCGAUCUUCCCGCCUGCGGGGCGGCCGAGGUCUCGAGGGCGACCUGCCGGAUGCGCGCAGAAGGGGGGCUUUGUGCGAGCGUCGAUCCGUUUUCAUCAGGCGCGCACGCGCGAUCGCGUCGUGUGCGUUCCCACUGCCCAGGUGCGCACACAAACGAUCCGCACCGGGCAGAGAGGCAGGGGCAGACGAGCCGGCGAACCUUGGAAGCCGUGCGCUCCGGCACAUCUCGCGCUCUUCGCCCUUCGAUCUUCUGG